AUGCGGGCCAAGGGACUGAUGGAGGAGCUGACGUGUGAGUCUGCAGCAGAAUGGAAGAUGCAGCGGCACUUGUGCGCUUUGUUGGCGGAGCAAAACCAGAAGAUGCAGCUUCUUCUGGAGGAGGUGGCUCAACUGAGGGCGGAGAUCAGCAGUGCCAAGAAGCGUUCCCAGGAAGGUCAGGAAGUGAACCAGGCAGCGUCCAAGACGGCUUUGGAAGUCUAUGUCGAGAUGUCUGACUGGGCCCUGAAAAGCUCUGGUGCCACCAUCGACAUGCAGAGAACUUCUGAGACCUACAACUGCAAAGAGAAUUGGGGCUGCAGGGUUUUAUGGUUCUUUCGCCCUGCCAACCCUCCUGAUACUAUCUUGCAGCCGGAUCUUUCCCCAGGAGACUGCUGGCCUUUACAAGGGCCUCAGGGCCAGGUGGUCAUCAGGUUGCCAGCACGAGUCCACCUGACCGCCGUCACGAUGCAGCACAUCUACAAAGAGGUCUCUCCAUCUGGGACCGUCACCAGCGCGCCCAGAGACGUCGCUGUCUUUGGAGUGGAUGCGGACGGAGAAGAGGAAACUCUCCUUGGGACGUUCACGUACAACGUGGAAAAAGAGGCCACUCAGACCUUCCCUCUGAAGGACGCGCCGCUUCCCAGAGCCUUUUCAUAUAUCAAACUUCUCGUGAAGAGCAACUGGGGAAACCCAGCGUACACCUGCAUUUAUCGAGUGCAGGUUCACGGGAAGAUGGCAAACUAGAAAGCCUCAGCCGCAACCCAAGAAGAA